AUACGGCGUGAGAUUUCGGUACAUAAGGCCGCUGGUCCAGGAGCAGAGCAUACAUUCUCUCAGCGCAUAGCUCGGAGAACACGCACACAGCAGCGGAGACCAGUCAUGUCUCUUCUGGCGUUCACGUUUGUCUGUUUGAGCAUGUUUGUGACGGGCGAGGCGAUGGAUCUCACAAGGGUGCAGCGAGGAUCCCUGUAUAUCAGACUGCCACCACCGUAUUCGACCCGACCCAGCCAGUGUUUUGACCCACAAGUUAAUGAGUACUACAACGUCGAUGACACCUGGACAUCUCCUCAAUCUGGGUGCAAGCUGAACACUUGCGUUGAGCACAAUGGAAAAGUUAACGUCGAACGAUACUCGUGCCCGGUUGUGAGCAAAAGCAUCGACUUCGCCCAACUGAAGAAAGAGAACAUCUUCUGUCGUCAGGCAGCCGGAGACAGAAGCAAGGCGUUCCCUUCGUGUUGUCCCUCUCUGCAGUGCAAACAUUACGUGGAGGGCAGGCUGGUGCCGCUGCCAGACCACAUGUACCCCACUCUGCGCUGAUCUGGCACUCAUCUCGUCCUGUAUGUAAUUUCAGGAAAGGUGCAGGUCGACAGAAAUGUCAGCAUCAACUGCGAGCGCACUGUUGAGCUUACUCGUAUGAUUAUGCUUUGUGCCUUCAGCUGUGCAAUGUUCUCAUCUGUUAUUUAUGAAUGAGUCAGUGUGACGAGAUAUUUGUGAGACAUAUGAAAUGUGCAAUGUGCCCAGACUGGGUACCCGCCUGCGUAUAUGCAAGCGUAUACCUGCAUCGCUUUGCAUUGCGUGAAGAGCUUAACUGCUGCGGAUAAGGGCAGUAUUAGGGUAGUAGCUGAGAUAAUUGCAAAUGUCAAUUGUGACGAACAGUGAACAGAAAAUAACAGA